AAUCAUUCGGUCAAUCUUUCAAAAAUUUGUAAACAAAUCACAUUGAGAGGUUAAAAGCUAAUUUUCAUGAAAAGUAUGUUAUUUGCGUAUAAAUUGAUGUGUUGUUAGACUUUUUAAAGAGGAUAUUGUGCUAAAUAUGGCUGAGGAUAUAAGUGUAACGUUUAUUAUACCGAAAGAUUGCCGAUCUGAAAAUGAAUGUUCUGAAGACAUGCAACUUGCCUUUCUCACUUGUGAACAGCAUUGUGGUGGUGGUUUGAAAGCACAAUGGGUGCAUGAGAGCAAAUGGACAAAGUUUGAAGGGCUCACAAAGAGAGAUGUGUUUGUUCUAACAGAGUUUGAAGGAGCACUCUAUGAAAAAUUGCAGGCCACUAAGUGUUUUUGGUCCUCGUUGCUUAUCAUGCUGCCUCACAGAAGGUACUCCAAUACCUUCGGGACCGGAGCCUGUCUUCACAAUAGCCAUGAGAGGUUUGACUAUUACUGCAAGUGGAUUGUCAAAACACAGAAGGAAGAAGUAAAGAAAAAGGUACAUUGGAUGGGUGGUAUAUACAGCACUGUUCUUACAGAUGACACUACGCACUUGAUAUCCGACACAGUGCUCUCUGAUAAGUAUAUUAAAUCAGUGGAAAAGGGGAUCCCUGUAAUGGCUGUAACUUGGAUCCAAGCUGUUUGGGAGGCAUCCCUCCAGCAGAAUAUAAGUGCCUCUUCAUCAGAGUUCCUCGUCCAUCGUCUGCCACCAUUCAACAACCUUCAGGUGACCACAUCAGGGAUUCCGAAGAAGGAUAAACAGUUAAUCAUGAAGCUGGUUAAUGAACAUGGAGGACAGUUCUCAGGGGCGUUCCAGAGUGAAACUACUGAUGUUGUUGUGUUGACCAAGGAAGGUGUGGGCAGUGAGAAAUACAAAGCUGCUCUAGAAUACGGGAAAGCGGUUGUUCUACCGUCGUGGGUGAAGGAUUCAGCGGCCAAAGGAGUAGCGCUUCCCUUAGCUAAGUAUAGAGUCGCAGGAGCAUCUACCUCGUCACCCCUCGCUGAAUCCCGGCUGCCAGACAUGAGUUUAAACUUUUCCCGCAUCACGAAUGUGAGGCCGCCGAGCAAUUUUGUGGAUGAAACGCGGUCCGCAGACGCAACCUUGUUAUCUGGUAAAAUGAAGUUCACACAAGACAUGAAGAAGAAUGACACUUCAAUAGACAAGGAGAUAGCGAUGGCGUUUGAAAGUUUCGACAUGAAUCUCAUCAAGAAGGCUGGACCUAUCUUCGAUGGAUUCUGUAUCUGGGUGUGUGGGCUGGAAGGUGUGUCCCGCGAGCGUUGUGUGGCGCUAGUGUCGCGGUGCGGCGGGGUGCGGUACGACGCGGCGCACCCGCGGGUGACGCACGCCGUGUGCCCGGCGGGGGCCGCGGCCGGGGCGCGCGCCGCGCUGCCCGCCGUGCCCGUACUCUCGCCGCUCUGGUUGCUGCGCAGCGUCGAGGCUGGACGCGCCCUCGAUGAGGGUCCGUUCUUAUUAGAAGACAAGCCCAGCACGCCGGCCAAAUCUAGCGCCCGCAAGCCCCGGCUAGAGCCCGCGUCGCCCAUGAGCAAGCGUAACCUCGCCCUCCUGCGCCGGGGCCCGCUAGACCUGCCCCCACCCACACCUGAAGUGGAAGAGCCUCAAGAUGAACUUGUCAACCAUUAUCUUAGCCAACAAAUUGAACCGGAAAGGGAGAAGACUCCGGAGCCAGUUCGCCAAGAAACCACACCGCCGAUGGCACUGGUGUGUCAGCCUGACAUCACAGAAGAUAUGGCAGAAGAUCCCACUGAGGAAAUCGAACAGAUAUUUAGAGGUAUUAAAAUAGAAGUGCAAGGCUUAGAUGAGGAAGCUCUGUGUGAGUUGGGGGCAGAAGUGUCUGCGGCGGGCGGAGCCCUAGCGGGGCCCGGGGCCGGCGCUUCGCACGUACUCGUACCGCUAGACUUUGAGACACAGGAGCUCGUUACUAAGGAUGCUGAAGCGGUCACCGUGUUUUGGAUCAAAGAUUGUCUGUCCCAACAAGAGUUGGUUCCCAUCCAGUACUACCACCGGCCGGUGCGGGUCCCCACGUGGAGCGGGGAGGGUCCACUGGCCGGGGUCGUCGCCAGCCUCAGCACCUACAGUGGGGUUGAACGAGCCUUCCUUGAUGAACUCGCCAAGCUGCUGGGCGCUACAACACAGCUCCGAUUCUGCCGACGUAACACAGCGAACGCUCUUGCAUCGACUCACCUAAUAUGUCCAACCCCCACUGGGGACAAAUACUUGGGGGCCUUGAAGUGGGGUCUACCUGCAGUGAAGGCCUCAUGGCUGCUUGAGUGCGCCAAGGAAGGGAGACGUGUCAGCGAAAAAGAACAUCUUGUUGGAGAUACUAAAGCCCCACCUUCGCCCAAACCGCAAGUAAUAGAAGAAGAACAACAACCUCUAGAGGUUCCGGAGCCAGAACGGAUGGAAGAACCUGUGACGGCUGGCGACAAGGAGAAUGCUAUGUUGCCACCAGUGGCCCCCACCAUACCUCGACGGUUAUCUGGACCGAGUAGGGAACAGACUCCCAAAGGAAAGGAUGCAGAUGAGAUGUCACCAGCGUCUCGCUACAUAGCGAUGGCUCGGCAAGGUUUGCUAGGCUGUGACUCGCAGGAAACACCCAAACGUGUAGCUGACCUCAAAGACGAUGCUAGACAAGGAGGUGAAUGUGGGGUCAGAACUCCCCCACUGGAGGACGCGCUAUCGACCCCGAACCUGGCCGCCCUCAGCCCCACCACGCGGCGCCGGCUGCAGGCUGUGAGGAGGGGGGAGAUGCCCUCCGAUCCUAUACGUACCCCUACCGAUCCUUUUGAAAAGAACGCGCAAACUCCGGACAGCGCAUUCGGCGCGGCGCUCCGGCCCGGGUCGGGGCGCAUGUCACCGGACGCACGGAAGCGACUGUGGAAGUUCGUCGACGGACUGCCCAGCAAACAGGCCGAGCCGGCGCCGAGGGACAAACAUACGGCAAGUUUAUUUCCGUUAUCAGAGAUUCGCAAUAGAUUUUUAGCGCAGUUUAAUGGGGAUGCGCCUACGCCGCCUUCUGAACAUACUGCUGUGGCACCAAGAAAACUCCAAUUACAGGAACAAUGCGAGACUCCACCGGCUAAAAUGGCAAAGCUAUCACAAGAUCAGAGUCCUGGCGGCAUCACAACUUCAAGUACAAUCACUGUGUCCACCCCGAAGCCCGCGUCGUCCCCGGCGCUCCCGGCGGCAGUGGACGCGCAGUUACAACGCCUCAGCGCCGCGCUCACCGGCAGGCUUAGCUCGCAACGCGCAAGGAGGCAGCGAGAGUCUACGCCGACUGUACCCGCGCCACUCCCCGACUCGGAGCCGGCCCCUGAAUCCCAGCCCAACACAGUGGGGUGGGACGAUACCACGCCUGCCCAACAACCAGAGCCUGAACCCGAGCAAGAAGCGGCGCCAGUCAAGAGGUUCAUGCUAUCUUCUAACGUCGAUAAUCGCGAGGAGAUAAUUGCAAUGAUAGUCCAGCUGGGCGGGGAGGUAUGCGAGGGCGCGGAGCUGGACCCGGAAGCGAGCCACUUACUCUGCGCUGCGCCCGGACGCAGCGAGAAGAUGCUCGGCUCCAUCGCCGCCGGACGCUGGGUGCUACACCCUGUAUACAUCGCCAGGAGCCAUGCCGCGGGGACCUUCCUACCGGAAGAAGAAUAUGAGUGGGGCAAUCCCCUGGCGAGUACCCUGCCGAGCGUGUCAGGCGCGGAGCGCAGCCUAUCCCGCGCGGCGCACCGUUGGCGCGCGGCGCGCGGUGGGGGCGCGGCGGGGGCCUUCGCCGGCCUCGUGGCGCUGCUACACGUGCCGCCGCCGCGGCGCAGGCUGCUCGCCAGGCUCAUUACUGCCGGCGGAGGGGAAGCUCCUGAUGACGAACCGCCCUACACGAAUGAAAACAUAACAGUUUGCUUCGCGGACAUCAAACGCUACCCUUUGUCAGACAGAGACAGCGCAUGGCUCAUAUCGAAGAGGAUUCCAGUCUGUGCCCCCGUGCUACUCAGCUCGUUCCUCACUGACGAUCCACCACCGAAACCUGAAGAACACUGCUUACCUGAUUUUAGACCUUAAACUUGAAGAUAUAGCGACUGGUUUGACUUGAUGUUGGCUUUUCAAGACAUUAGGGUUAGCUAAGUUUGAGUGACACUCGACUUUAGACCUUAUUUUUGUAGAUGUAACAUCGUUUGUUGCUUGAACCAGGUAUA